AUCGACUAAUGCUUCGGAUCAAGGGAGGUAAAGCUAUUGGUGCCUUGAUUGGCAACAGUCCUUAUCUGCAUCUUAUCCUGCUGGCAACUUGCGCAUUUGGAAGUGCGUGAACAGCGACAUUUGUACCUAGUUGCAAACAGCAACCUAACAGUUUUAGGCCACCUUUGGACAACAAUCUUACUGAGCCGCUCAGUAGCAUUCCCUUGGUUCCUUUUUUGGAAGCUUGAGCGACAAACAACCGCCAAGAACUCUAAUCUAACACAGCCUUUGCUUUGGAUGUAACUGGAAUGGCCGAAGCAGUGGCCGGCGGUAACGAGGAGGAGGUCUGCGUUACAGAUAUCUCGUGUGGAAGCUCUCACUCUGUCGCCCUGCUAAGUUGCGACGUCGUUGCGUCGUGGGGUCGAGGCGAGGAUGGUCAGCUGGGCCAUGGGCAGGCGGAUGAGUGCAUGACUCCCAAGGCCAUCAGCACAUUGACCGACGCCGGAAUCGAGCACGUCGUCUGCGGUGCCGAGUAUACGGUUGCUGUGGCCCCUUCAAGGGGACAAAUAUACAGCUGGGGAUGGGGUGACUUUGGUCGGCUGGGUCACGGCGACUGCAACGACGUGUUCGUGCCGCGACCCAUCGCCUUCUUCACGGGUCGGCGUGUCCUCCGCGUGGCAUGCGGCGAUACACACACGCUGGUGGUGGUGGCAACCCCGGGGACCCCCGCUGCGGGCGGGGAGGGCACAGCAAACCCCCUAACAGCAACCGCAGCAGCAGCUGCAGGCCCCGGCAGCGGCGGCGGUGGAGGCGCGGGAGGGGAGUUGUACACGUUCGGUCGCAAUCAGAACGGGCAGUUGGGACUGGGUCACACGCACGACUGCUUGUCACCGCAGCGGGUGGUGGCGCUGCAGGGUGAGCGGGUGGUGAGUGUGGCUGCGGGCUCGGAGC